AUGAGCUCUUUUAAACGUGAUAAGAAGGAAGAGGAAGAUAGUGGAGGGAGUCCAUAUGCUAAUUUGGACAAAACAAUAGUUUUACAGGAGGCAAGGUAUUUUAACGAAACUCCUGUAAAUCCGCGAAAAUGUUCGCAUAUAUUGUCGAAAAUUCUCUUUUUACUGAAUCAAGGGGAGAAAUUUACGACACAAGAAGCUACAGAUGCUUUUUUUGCGACCACAAAACUGUUCCAGUCGAAGGAUGUGAUGCUACGACGUAUGGUAUAUCUAUGUAUAAAGGAGUUAAGUCAAAUUGCCCAAGAUGUGAUUAUUGUGACAUCCUCGCUAACUAAAGAUAUGACUGGAAAAGAAGAUUUAUAUCGUGCCGCCGCUAUUCGGGCUUUGUGCAGUAUUACUGAUAGCACUAUGUUGCAAGCUAUAGAAAGAUAUAUGAAGCAGGCCAUUGUUGACAAGAACCCAGCAGUUAGUUCAGCUGCAUUGGUGUCUGCUUUGCAUCUUUCAUCCACUGCUCCAGAUUUAGUGCGCCGCUGGGCAAAUGAAGCACAGGAAGCACUUAACUCUGAUAAUGCCAUGGUCUCCUAUCAUGCAUUAGGAAUUCUGGCAUCCACACGCAAAAACGACAAACUAUCCACUGUGAAACUUGUGACGCGUUUGGCGAAAUCUCCAUUAAAAUCGCCAUAUGCUUUAUGCCUGUUAAUUCGUCUUGCGGCUCAAUUAGUUGAGAAUGAUGAUUCAGAUGCCGCCCAACCAUAUAUAGAAUUUAUUGAAUGCUGUCUGCGUCACAAAUCUGAAAUGGUUAUAUAUGAGGCUGCUCAUGCGAUUGUCAAUUUGAGAAAGUCUGCUCGAGAUUUAGCUCCAGCUGUUUCUGUACUGCAAUUAUUCUGUGGCUCUUCUAAAGCGACGUUGCGAUUAGCUGGCGCUAGAACUUUAGCCAGAUUGACAGCAAAACAGCCUACAGCGGUCGCAGCAUGUACUGUAGAUUUGGAAAAUCUUAUUUCCGAUCCGAAUAGAUCGGUUGCUACUUUAGCUGUAACAACAUUACUGGCAACAGGUGCGGAGAGUUCCGUUGAUAGAUUGAUGAAACAAAUAUCAAGUUUCGUAUCGGAAAUUUCGGAUGAGUUUAAAAUCGUAGUUGUCAAAGCGAUACGGCGUUUGUGCCAGAAAUUCCCAAGGAAACAUCAGUCUUUGGCAGCUUUUUUGGCGGGUAUGCUACGUGAUGAAGGUGGAUUAGAUUAUAAAGCGGCUAUAGCUGAUGCUAUUAUAGCGUUAGUAGAGGAAAACGCAGAAGCUAAAGAGACAGGGCUGGCACAUUUAUGUGAAUUUAUUGAAGAUUGUGAACAUACAGCUUUGGCUGUUCGUAUAUUGCAUUUACUUGGACGCGAAGGCCCUAAAUCGCGCCAACCAUCACGAUAUAUUCGUUUCAUUUAUAAUAGAGUGAUAUUAGAAUCAGGACCAGUUAGAGCGGCUGCUGUAUCUGCAGUAGCCCAAUUUGGUGCCCAAAGACCGGAAUUGCUCCCAAAUAUAAGAGUUCUACUUGAGAGAUGCGAAUUAGACGAUGAGGAUGAAGUAAGAGAUCGAGCUAUAUUUUAUAACGCAAUUUUGCAUUCUGAAGAUCAACAGUUAAUCAACGAUUAUAUAAUUGAUGUUCACAAACCGAACCCCGUUUUAUUGGAAAAAGCUUUACGGGACCAUAUUGCAACAAACCCAGAUGAGUUAUUCGAUAUAAUGAAUGUCCCAACGGAAGAAAAGAAAGAAACGAAAGAGAAUGUCGUUGAGAUUGAAGUUCGUAAACCGAAAACGGUGUCCAUUGAGGAAAUUUAUAGUGAACAACUAGCCAAAGUGCCUGGUAUUGAAAAAUUGGGCCCGCUUUUCAAAACAAACGUGCCGGUUGAGUUGACAGAACCGGAAACGGAAUACAGAGUUCGUUUAUUAAAGCAUGUUUAUGUCAAACAUGUUGUAUUGCAGUUUGAAUGCAUUAAUACAUUAAAUGAUCAAAUAUUAGAGCAAGUGCACGUAAGACUGGAAUGCCCACCAGAAUAUGAGAUAAAAUCGAUUCUUCCUUGCCAACAGCUAGUUUAUGAUAAGCCAGAUAGUGUUUUUGUUGUGGUUGAAUAUCCUUGCGCAUAUUUAGACAGCUUGGGUACAUUUGGAGCAACAUUAGAGUUUGUGGUACGUGAUUGUGACCCCAACACAGGAGAGCCAGACCCUGGCGAGGGUUACGCAGACACUUAUCCUCUGGAAGAGUUCUACAUGGGCUGUUCAGAUCAGAUCCGACCCAGAGUGAUGGGUGACGAUUGGGAAAAUACGUGGGAACGUGCAAUCAGUAUUCCCGAGAUAACAGAUACUUAUGCACUCCCCGACCAAGAUCCGGCUAACGCUGCAAAAUCUGUUUGCGAAUAUUUAGGUUUUCCCAAAGCCACGAUAGUAGGAGAGGCAGUUAAAGAAAUACGGGGCAGUGGUACUUUCAGAGGUGGUGCACCUUUUAUGGUACGAGCUCGAAUAGCAUCUGGUAAUGUGGGUGUUACGAUGUUAAUAUCUGCCAGGUCUCCAAGAGAAGACGUUGCACAGCUUUUAUUGGCGGCCGUCGGU